UGGAGAGGAGUGAGAGAGAGAGAGACAGACAGGGGAAUAGAAUAUUGUUCUUCUACGGAGCUACACGCCGAAACCAGAUAAAAAUGGAUACUAAAGCACGAAAUUUCGCUAACUGCAGAUAUUACAUUUGGUGAAAAAGGACCGCGGCGGCAAAAUCGGAAAGAUCCUGUUAGACGAAUGGUUAAGAGCCGAUAUCACAACUGUUACUUUCACUAGCUAGCAGGCUAGCUGGCUAGCUCCAAUGGAUGCACGCUUGGAAUGGGUAGCUCGUUGAAAGUAUUCUCUAGUAAGGAUUUAUAUUGUCAAUGGCAUACACAUCAUCUUCUUGUAGUCGUUAUCGUCGGUAAUACAAAGUAACGAUCUCCGUAGAGUGAUUAUCUAAACUGAACGCUAAGCGAUCUACCGCUCACACACCGAGUCAAGAACAAGAAGAAAGUCAUACAGGCUCACCGGUCGAGUCUCAAGGUUCAACAGACACAGACGGGGAGAACAUGACUCACCGGCCUGUGCCAGAGCUUGGCAUGGGGCUACUGUGCCAGCCUCACCCCUACCAGGCCCUCUGAUGCCCCAGUGAAACAUGACAGAGAGGCUGUGAGGCUUGGAUCGUCCCCCCCGUCCCCUGUCCCGACAAUACUCUCAACAGUUCCCCUAACCCCUAAACUCUCCAUCCUGCCCCACCAUGCUGCGUUUCCUGCCUCUGAAGCUGGGUCGUCUCUACCGUUGUCUGAAGCUUCUACUGGUGGUCGGUCUGUUUGUUAUCCUCCUGAUGAACACCCACAACCUGUUCGCCUCCUUCCAGAAGAACGAGCUGACGGACCGCCGCUUCAUCAACCUCAACAAGUGUCCCGCCUGCUUCGGCACCAGUUGGUGCAGGAAGUUCAUGAACGGCCAGGUGUCCUUCGAGACCUGGGGACGCCUACGCUUCCUGGAUGUCUUCAACGUCAAGAACGUGUAUUUCGCCCAGUACGGAGAGCCACGCGAGGGGACGAGGCGCGUGGUGCUCAAACGCCUGGGAUCCAACCAGGAGCUGGCGGACAUUGACCAGAAGAUCUGUAAGAGAGCUACUGGCCGUCCGCGCUGCGACCUCAUCCAGGCCAUAUACAAGACGGAGUUCGCCAGGCUGAACGGUGACGUGAGGCUUCUGACCCCUGAGGUGGUAGAGGGCUGGUCUGACCUGGUUCACUGCCCCUCCCAGAGGCUGCUGGACAGGGUGGUGCGACGCUAUGCCGAGACCAAAGACUCUGGCAGCUUCCUGCUGAAGAACCUGAAGGACACAGAGAGGAUGCAGCUACUGAUGACCCUGGCCUUCAACCCUGAGCCCCUCGUACUACAGAGUUUCCCGUCAGACGAGGGCUGGCCGUUCGCCAAGUACCUGGGAGCGUGUGGUCGCGUGGUGGCGGUGAACUACGUCGGCGAGGAGCUGUGGUCUUUCUACAACGCUCCGUGGGACAAGAGGGUUGACCUGGCCCGACAGCUGAUGGACAUCGCUGAGCAGCUCACCAACAACGACUUUGAGUUCGCCCUCUACCUGCUGGACGUGAGCUUUGAUAACUUUGCCGUGGGGCCGCGGGACGGAAAGGUCAUCGUGGUGGACGGUGAGAACGUCCUGGUGGCCGACAAGAGGCUGAUCAAACAAAAUAAACCAGAGAACUAUGACCUGUGGUACGAGAGUCGCUUCGAGGACUGUGACAAAGAGGCCUGCCUGUCCUUCUCCAAGGAGUCUCUGUGUAACCGCGUCACAGUGGACCACAACUACUACGCCGUGUGUCAGAACCUGCUGUCGCGUUACGCCACGUGGCGAGGGACCACGGGCGGCCUGCUCCACGACCCCCCCGCCCACAUAGCCAAAGACGGCCAGCUAGAAGCUCUGUUGGACGAGUGUACCAACCCUAAAAAACGCUACGGACGCUUCACGGCCGCCAAGGAGCUGAGAGACUACCUCACUCAGCUAGUCUCCUCCUCCUCCGCCACGGCGAGGUAAUGAACAGAGCUGGCGGUUAGCGGUGGCCUGCAUCUCGGCCGGAUGGUUGUUCGGGGGUUAGGUUUGGGUUUGACCCCCCCCCCCCCCCCCCCCCUGACCUUGUCCCCGGGAACUUGACCAUGACCUUUGAACCUUGACACUCCUUCUCGUCUCACUUCAAGUCCAGGAGAUCUCCACCCCCGGGCUGGUCACACAGCAGCAGCUCUGAUCGGUCCUCUCCCGGUGUAAACCAACCAGCAGCACAGCUUCAGAGGAGAUGUUUAAACUGAACUGUGGUAGCUGGUCAGAAUGAGGUGGUCGGAGCUGAAGGACCAGGAGAAAGAGGAUCAGCUGCUAAGGGGGAGCUUUAACCCGCGGUUAGGCUGACGUAGACUGUACAUGACUUCUCUCCUCCGCCCAGACCCUCUCUGUUUAUCCUUCGGAACUCUUGUGUUUGCUAACAUUUUAUCUUAACCUAUAUUUUCUUUCUGAAAGCGUCUAUUGUGCUUAUGGUUUUGGGGUUGAAUGAACCAGAACAGGAGCAUGUUGACGCUGUGGUGUGUAUGUUCUGUUAGGAGGACGGUCUCUAGCUCAACUCUGCUAUCGUCCCACAUAGACACCUGAGCACCGCAGGUUAAACGGAGGAA